GCACCGUUUGAAGCCGACAAUCUCGGUAGAGAAUUCGUGUUCGCCUUCCCGCCAAAUUUCGUCGAAAGUCAGACCCAACCUACGAUUGGCGUCAUUGUGGAGGCCAUUUCAACCAACGUCACUUCCGUUACGGUCAAUGUGCCGUUGAGGAGUGUGGGUUUCAAUUUCACGCUUGAACCCGGAUCAGCACCCUAUGAUCUCGUGCUUUCUCCCGACCUUGCCACGACUGGGGUAGCAAAUGUAACGAACGCUACGGUUGUGGUGAAGUCCGAUCAAGAUGUCUCAGUGACGGCUUACAAUAGCAAAUUUAGUUCCAUGGCAAUGUUCACAGUGUUACCGAUCAAGCAUAUGGGUAAGGAAUACUUUAUCGCGACCCUUACGGAACCAAGAGGGGGUGUUGUUCUAUUGUCUGCAAUUAACGAACCGACUGAACUUAAAAUAGAAUUGACCGGUAGAGUGGAAUUUCGUGGUGAAUGGCAUUCACCGGGAAGUGUUAUUAUAUGUAGCUUGAGACCAUAUGAAACAUUAAAACUUAAACUACUGCACGACGAUAUCAUAGGAACAAGAAUUACCGCCAAUACGUCGAUUGCAGUGACUAUCGGUGGCAAUUGUCCAAACGUUCCUGAUGGUGCUAAUUUUUGCGAUCACAUCGCCGAACAGCUAGUUUCAUUUGAUCGCUGGGGACGUUCAUUUUUACUAAGUCCGUUCGCCAAUCGACUGUCCGGAUAUCAAUUCCAAGUUGUUGCCGGGAGAAACGAUACAAAGGUAUCAUUGGGAAAUUAUGAAAUAGACUUGAACAUGGGGGAGCACUACCUAGGAGAUAUUGCCAAUCAGAGCAUGACUUCAAUAUCAGCGACCAAACCAGUCAUGGUGAUGCAGUACUCGAAAGGUGGGACCACAGACCAAAGCGGGGGGGAUCCAGCCAUGCUGUUAGUCACUCCUUGGGAGCAAUAUGUCUCGCGUGUGGAAUUUCCUGUGUUAAACUUCUCCGCAGCAGGGAUCUCCACAGUCCAUAUCGGUGUGAUAUCUGAAUGCAAUGCGACUCAUAACAUCGAGUUUGACAACUACAAGUACAACGAGGUACCAUGGCUCUUCGAGUACGAUCUCGUCACCAGCGACAACCGAGUGAUUUGUAGUCGUUGGGUGACCAUAGAGGAAGGUAGUCACGAGCUGAAAAGCGAAUCAGCUACGCAAGUAACAUGUGCAGAAGAGACAUUGUUCACCGCUCUGGUUUACGGAGUUGGAAUUAGUGUACGUAUCGCUUACCUGUACAAUGCAGGUUUUGGACUGCAACCACAAACGUGCAUCGCUCCAAGUCCUGACCCACCAUACAAGGAGAUUGAAGUGUCGUGUGCAAGUCAGCGAAGAAUUAAUUGUUCUGGGAGCGACCCAUGUCAGAACGGAGGUACCUGGGAGAACAAUGCAUGUCAAUGUGCAGCCGGUUUUGAUGGUGUUUCGUGUAGUACAGCUAUUUGCCAGAAUAUCUCAUGGAUAUCUCCUCGUUUUGAAAAAGUCGAAUUUCCUGUGGGUGAAAACGGAACGUGGGCGAAUUCAACAGGAAUGUGUCCAUUCAACACUACUCAAGCCAAUGAACCGAUUGGACGGGCUCUGUGUUUUGGCGAUGGUAUUACCCAGAGCCAGUGGUAUCCUGUGGAUAAUUGCGGACCAUUUAGAAAUGUCACAGAUAUUCUCACAGAAAUUGCACAGGUAAUCGUAAGUGAAGAAAACGCAGGUGAAGUGAGCCAGCAAGUUGCAUACAUUACUUCCAACAUCGAAGAUAUCACAUCCGAUGACAUCAUGUUUGUGGCAGAGAUAACAUCAAACAUUGUGAAGCAAAAUCUUACUAGUGAAGAGGUAACAAAGUCUAUAACGAGUAUUGUGAGCAAUAUAGCUCAGGUAGAAACCGAAGAGCUUGAAGCCGCAGAGGAAGAAGGUGGGGCAAUAAGUAAGUUUGUCCAGGCUUUUGAGGAACAAAUCAAUCAUGUUCAGGUUGCCGAUGGUGGGAUGCUCAACAUUCAGCAGCCAAAUGUAGCCGUACAGGCUCAGAGUGUACUUGCUGACGACGUAAUGAGCGGUCUUGUAAUUUCGCUAGCUGGAUACAGUCUUUCUGACCUGACCAAGUCCAAUAUUACCAUCGGUGCUCCAACCCAAGAUGACCGCUAUGACAUCAUUGCUACCAGACCAGACAUCAUCGCUCAGGUCAACAUUCCACCUUCAGUUUCAUCCGUCAUUUCGUCCGCGGUCCCACUCUCAGGAUCGCCGUCGAAUGGCAGUGUUGAAUACGUCCGGGUCAACUUCAAUGUAUUUUCAUCUCCAGCUCUGUUCAUUUCAAAAUCAUUGCGCACAAUCAGUGCAGAUAAUGAAGGCUUCAAUCGAUCGGCUAACUCGCUCGUGAUUUCUCUCAGUAUUGGUCAAGGGAAAGUAGCAGCCUUGACCGAAUUCAUCAAUUUUACCUUCACUACAAUAAUGUCUGGAUACGUGAAUCCCAAUUGUUCAUUCUGGGAUGAGGAGCAGAAAGAUUGGUCCCAAGAUGGGUGUGUUCUUGUUUCUGGAAUUACAUCAUCUGAUGAGCGCUAUGAUGAGGAGAGAGUGCGCUGUGCGUGUGAUCAUCUUACCAACUUCGCUGUUAUAGUGGAUAUCCAUAGACCGGAGGAUUCACCCAUCGAGGCUUACAACAUCCUGACUUACAUUGGAUGCUGUAUUUCUAUUUUCAGUCUUCUUGUCACAUUGACAACCUACCUGUGGAACAAGGAUUUAAGGACCAAACAGACCAACCAGAUCUUCAUCUAUCUGUGCCUGACCUUGCUGUGUCUCUACACGACAUUUAUCAUCAUGAUCUCUCUGGAUUCUAUCAGAGAUUAUCGUGAGGUCCAUGCUGGACCCUGUGGGUUCCUGACGGCCCUAGUUCACUACUUCGUUUUGUCCUCCAUUGCAUGGAUGGGUGUAGAAGGGUACAAUAUCUACCUCACCAUUGUGAAGAUCUUCAAUACCUACAUCCAGAAUUUCAUGCUCAAGGCUUUCUUAGCUGCAUGGGGAAUUCCUGCACUAAUCGUGGUUCUUACCGGAGCUAUUGCUAGAGAAUCUUACGCCCGAGAUGAUCUAUGCUUUCUACAAUUCUGGGCUCAAAUCGGCGGUCUCCUGAUUCCCAUGUCCAUUAUCCUCCUCAUCAAUAUUGUCAUCUUCAUCCUGGUGGUUCGACAAUUGCUCCGGUCAGCCAACAUCACUGGCCGGGUUAAGAGAGAGGCUAAGGAAAAACGUCAAGAGACUAUCGAACGCGUCCAGAACGCGAUUUGCAUCUUGCUUCUGCUCGGUCUGACGUGGGUCACUGGAUAUCUUCUGUUGAUCCCGUCAUUCAGUCAGGUGGCUCAGCCAAUCUUCAUCGUCCUCAACUCCUUCCAAGGAUUGUUCAUCUUUCUACUGUACUGCGUCCGGAAGCCUCACAUCCGUAAGAAAUGGGGGCUAACUUGUUUCGACAAGUUCCUAAAGAAAGAAGCAAGCACUUCCAGCGGUGGGGUAAGCUCGACGGUGCCAUCCUCGUCACCUGGCAUAUUACGCAAAUUGCGCCCAGGAGCCACGGGUAAUUUCGUGUUGCCUACCAAAGACGACAAUCCCGAUCCUAUGUGUAUGUUCAAUCCGACCUUUGAUGUUAGCCAGGUUGAGGAAGGGGUCACACCACCUAUGAACAAAGAUAUUCAAAGUUCAACCAAGGAACUGAAGAAGGACACGGAUCGUGAUGCAACAAGCACUGAUGUCGUUCUUGAUGCAUCUGUCACAAAUGUCACUAAGGGAGGUGAUGGUGUUUCAUCCACCAGGGAUGCUGACACGGUCAGUGUUACUCUGGAUUCAACUGAUGCCACGAAAGCUACUGAGGGCACCGGUGAUGUUGCUUCCACCAACAAUGAUGCUGCCACCAGUAUCCUUUAGGGUGCAGAGGAUGGCACCAUACACAAUGAGAGGAUUGAUGAUGUUGCUUCUGUAACUUGUGA